GAGCAGAGCCCUGGCCAGAGUGCAGCGGGAUCAGCAGCGUUUGCCGUUCGAACGAGCGGUGCCAGUAUCGGGACCUGAGCCAUGAGCAUCGCCAUUUCGCUGAAGCGGAAAGACAUCUCGGCUAGCAGCCCUGUGCCGUCGGAUGCGCUCGACCAGAGCCAGUCGGCGAUCUCGUCCUUCGACUACGACAACAACCCGAACCCAGCAGCCUCCGAGCAUGCCCUGCUGCUGCCCAAGAAGGCCUCGCUGCGGGUCGAUGACCAGGACGAUCUCUAUCGGAACAGCGAACGCAUCCUCGUCGAUACCGUGACCCCGCUCUUUGCCCCGCCAAAGUCCGACUACACCUACCUUACCCUCAAACCCGACCACCAAGCCCGGCCCAUCUGGGUCUGCGACGAUGGCAAGAUCAUCCUCGAGGCCUUUUCGUCGCUCUCUUCGCAGGCGCAGGACUUUCUGACCACCAUAUCCGAGCCGGUCACUCGUCCUUCGCGAGUCCACGAAUACAAGCUCACGGCCUACUCUCUGUAUGCGGCCGUCUCGGUGGGCAUGGAAACCUCCACCAUCAUCGAGGUCCUCGAGCGAUUCUCCAAGGUGAAGGUGCCGGAUCGGGUUGUCCGAUUCAUCAAAGACUGCACGGUGUCCUAUGGAAAGGUCAAGCUUGUCCUCAAGCACAACAGGUAUUUUAUCGAGUCAAGUUACCCAGAAACCCUGCGGCUGCUUCUGCGGGAUGAAACGAUCAAGAGGGCUCGGGUGGUACGCGACGAGGGCGACGAAGACGAUCUCAACAGCCUCCUCAAGAAGACCCACAAAGGAGUCGGCGAGUCAAAGCUCAAUUCCGGGGCCGGAAAGAUGGGCGACGGCUCCGCGCGACAGGACUCGGACGACUUUGGCGCUGUUAUCACCCUUGAUCGGGAAGACGAUCAGGAAGACGAUGGCAUGGAGGAGUCGGAUUUUUCGCACAGCUUCGAGAUCGCCAAGGAGGCAGUCGAGGACGUCAAGAAACAGUGCCGUGACCUGGACUAUCCCUUGAUGGAGGAAUACGACUUUCGCAACGACGAUGUCAACCCCAAUCUGGACAUGGAUCUGAGUCCAAAAACCAUCAUCCGAGACUAUCAGGAGAAGAGUCUGAGCAAGAUGUUUGGUGGCGGCGGCGGACGGGCGCGAAGCGGUAUCAUUGUCCUGCCCACUGGCGCCGGCAAAACCCUCGUAGGCAUCACUGCUGCCUGCACAGUCAAGAAGAGUACCUUGGUUCUCUGUACGAAUGCCAUCUCAGUCGAGCAGUGGUCAAACGAAUUCAAGAAUUGGACCACGAUCCAAGAGGGGAAGAUUGCUAAAUUUACUGCAGAUCAGAAAGCCAAGUUUGCAGGAGAUGCCGGCAUCGUUAUCUCGACAUACACCAUGAUCUCGCACUCGGGCAAGCGAGCCUGGGAUACCCAGCGCAUGUUGGAAUUCAUCAACUCCCGCGAGUGGGGUCUGCUCAUCCUCGACGAAGUGCACGUCGUGCCCGCCAACGUUUUCCGUAGAGUCCUGACAACGGUGGCAGCCCACACCAAGCUUGGCUUGACGGCGACGCUGGUCCGUGAAGACGAUAAGAUCGAAGACCUGAACUUUCUGAUUGGCCCAAAGCUCUUUGAAGCGAAUUGGAUGGAUCUUGCUGGCAGGGGUCACAUUGCCAAGGUCGAGGCCACCGAAAUAUGGUGUGGAAUGGAUGGCAAGUUUUACAAGCAUUAUCUUGAAUCUACACCUGGCAAGAGAAGACUACUUUGUGCAAUGAAUCCAACAAAGUUCCGAGCCUGCGAAUACUUGAUUCGAUGGCGGGAGCGCGAAGGCGACAAGAUCAUUGUGUUCUCAGACAAUGUCUGCGCCCUCAAGCACUACGCAACCAAACUCGGCAGGCCAUAUAUCUUUGGCGAGACUCAUAUCGAGGAGCGAAAGUCGAUCCUCAACCGAUUCCGGCAAAACGACCCGCGGUUUCGCACGAUCUUUUUGUCCAAGGUCGGCGACACAUCGCUGGACUUACCCGAAGCCACGUGCUUGAUACAGAUAUCGUCGCAGUUCGGCAGUCGGCGUCAAGAAGCCCAGCGCAUGGGUCGUAUUCUCCGAGCAAAGCGCAGAAAUGAAGAGGGCUUCAAAAGUCGGUUCUACACGCUCGUUUGCAAAGACACAGACGAAGUGGCAUUCAGCGCAAAACGUAGAAGGUUUCUGGUUGACCAAGGCUACGAAUUUCAUAUCAUUCCAAGCGCCGAUCAACUUAUUCCGCCCAACCUCGACCCGCCGCUCCACUACUCGGUCCAGCGAGAGUCGGACGAGCUGCUGUGCUAUGUACAGGAUGCUGGCGACGCCGAUGGCGACGAUGAGUUUGUGCGCGACAUCAAGGAGGAUGACUUGGCCGGCGUUUUCCAGCAUCAGCAGAUACAACGCAAGCGCAUGUGGGGAAGUAGCGCACGCGCCAAGAGCACUGCCUUGGCCCAAGCCGAAGAACGGAAGCGUCUGAAACGAGAGGCAGAUGAACGGGAGAAGCGCCAAAAUCCUCUUUUCCGGGCCUGGCGGCGCAGUGGGGUGUAGUCUGCCUGAUACAAUCCGCCGCUGCGAUAGCAGACGAGUAAAGCUUUACUGAAACAGCUCGCCCAAGCCAAAGAACAUGCGCCUGGACCCUCAACAUCGACGCUGUCAUCGACGCUGUCGCCAGUGAUCGGGACGAGCUGUUCGGGGCGAUCAGGUCUUGACAAUACACGACGAUGACGAUGGCUGA